AUGGCAGGCAGCGGUGCACGCAAGCCGCGCACUGUUGGCUACGUAAAUCAGGUCAUUGGACCAGUGGUGGAUGUGCGGUUUGAGGGCGAGCUGCCGGCCAUCAUGUCUGCGCUGGAGGUGCAGGACCACAACAUCCGCCUCGUGCUGGAGGUGGCGCAGCACCUGGGGGAUAACAACAUCCGCUGCAUCGCCAUGGACAUGACGGACGGCCUCGUGCGAGGGCAGCGCGUUGUCGACACCGGGGCGCCCAUCAAGGUGCCGGUGGGCCGCGGCACCCUCGGCCGUAUCAUCAACGUAAUUGGGGAGCCUGUGGACGAGUGCGGCCCAGUUGAGUCGAGUGACCUUUGGUCCAUCCACCGCGAGGCGCCCGAGUUUGUGGAGCAGAGCACUGACCAGGAGAUCCUGGUGACGGGCAUCAAGGUGGUGGACCUGCUGGCCCCCUACCAGAGGGGCGGCAAGAUCGGCCUGUUUGGCGGCGCAGGCGUGGGCAAGACCGUGCUCAUCAUGGAGCUCAUCAACAACGUCGCCAAGGCGCACGGUGGUUUCUCCGUGUUUGCGGGUGUGGGUGAGCGCACGCGUGAGGGCAACGACCUCUACCGCGAGAUGAUCGAGUCCGGUGUGAUCAAGCUGGGCGAGGAGCGCGGCCAGUCCAAGUGCACGCUGGUGUACGGCCAGAUGAACGAGCCCCCGGGGGCGCGUGCGCGUGUGGCCCUGACGGGCCUGACCGUGGCGGAGUACUUCCGUGACGUGGAGGGCCAGGACGUGCUGCUGUUUGUGGACAACAUCUUCCGCUUCACGCAGGCCAACAGCGAGGUGUCGGCGCUGCUGGGCCGCAUCCCCUCCGCCGUGGGCUACCAGCCCACGCUGGCCACUGACCUGGGUGGCCUGCAGGAGCGCAUCACCACCACCACCAAGGGCUCCAUCACCAGUGUGCAGGCCGUCUACGUGCCCGCGGACGACCUCACGGACCCCGCCCCCGCCACCACCUUUGCCCAUCUCGACGCCACGACGGUGCUGAGCCGCUCCAUCGCCGAGCUGGGCAUCUACCCUGCUGUGGACCCCCUCGACUCCACCAGCCGCAUGCUCGACCCCCGCAUCAUCGGUGACGUGCACUACAACAUUGCGCGUGGUGUGCAGAAGGUGCUGCAGGACUACAAGAACCUGCAGGACAUCAUCGCCAUCCUGGGCAUGGACGAGCUCAGCGAGGAGGACAAGCUCACGGUGGCUGAGGUGUUCACGGGCUCCCCCGGCAAGUACGUGUCUCUGGAGGACACCAUCAGCGGGUUCACGGGCAUCCUGGACGGCAAGUAUGACGACCUGCCUGAGAUGGCCUUCUACAUGGUGGGCGACAUCAAGGAGGUGGCGGAGAAGGCGGAGCGCAUGGCCAAGGAGAUGGCCGAGCGCAAGGCGCGCGACGAGGGCAAGGGCGAGGCCGCUGCGGGCGCGGGCCUCAAGGACGUGCCGGCGCUGGCGACCCUGGCGGCCGAGGUGGCUGAGGUGUUCACGGGCUCCCCCGGCAAGUACGUGUCCCUGGAGGACACCAUCAGCGGGUUCACGGGCAUCCUGGACGGCAAGUACGACGACCUGCCUGAGAUGGCCUUCUACAUGGUGGGCGACAUCAAGGAGGUGGCGGAGAAGGCGGAGCGCAUGGCCAAGGAGAUGGCCGAGCGCAAGGCGCGCGAUGAGGGCAAGGGCGAGGCAGCUGCGGGCGCGGGCCUCAAGGACGUGCCGGCGCUGGCGACCCUGGCGGCCGAGGUCAAGGUGGAGGUGUACGAUGACGUGGACGAGCUCAUCGACGAGGAGUUCAAGUCGGAGGCCGUCACGGGCGCUGGCGAGCAGGCCGUGCUGAACGAGCAGGGCAAGCCCAUGCCGCUGCCCCCCAAGGCCCACUGA